UCGGUGUGUGUGGUCUCGGACUACUGGGUCACAUGACGCGAGAAAUUAUCAACACUACAGUAGUUAGCUGUAGCUAGUUCCUUCCACUACGGAGUACGGAGUACUAAUUCAAGCAAUAUUUAGAGCCUCACCGAAGGACUAUGAACGAACAGAUUCUAAAUAUCCCUAAGCAAUCCCAGAUUACCCUAGAAGGGAAUAUUAGGCAAAAGACCUUGAGGGGUUUUACUUCAAACUACAUAUAUGUUUUGGGACCUUGUAUGCCUAAGGCACUUAUAAGUUUAUGCCUGACGGGCGUCUUAGCCCGUUAGUA